UUGUCAUCGGACGCUUCUCGUUGUUAAGCUGCUUUCGUGCACGUGAAUCACACAGACAGGCAAUGGCGGACAACAAGGAGGAACGUUUGGUUUGGGUUGAUUUAGAGAUGUCUGGACUGGACAUAAAGAAGGAUCAUAUUUUAGAAAUGGCAUGUCUGGUAACCAGUGGAAACCUGGACAUAGUGGCAGAGGGACCGAAUCUGAUCAUUAACCAGCCUGACAGUGUGUUGGAAAGCAUGGGUGAUUGGUGUAAACAGCACCAUGGACAGUCUGGUCUGACGGAAGCUGUGAGGAAGAGCAACGUAUCGUUAGAGUCAGCAGAACAACAGAUGUUACAAUUUGUACAGCAAUACACUGUUUCAAAGUCAGCCAUACUAUCAGGCAACUCCGUACACGCAGACAAAGUCUUCCUGGACAAAUUCAUGCCUCAUUUCAUGGCGCAUCUCCAUUACAGAAUUGUGGAUGUCACCUCGGUCAAGGAAAUCUGUCGGAGAUGGUAUCCUGAAGUAUUCAAAAAGGCCCCACCCAAAAAGGUAUCUCACAGGGCUUUGGAUGAUAUAAAAGAAAGCAUAGAAGAGCUACGGUUUUACAAGUCUUCAAUAUUUAAGUGAUCAUUUCAUAAACACUACAUUCGUUAUAACACGGAUGAAUAUUGAUAAAUGGUGGAAGUGAUACUCACGGAUGAAGAUUGAUAAAUGGUGGAAGUGCGGAUGAAGAUUGAUAAAUGGUGGAAGUGAUACUCACAGAUGAAGAUUGAUAAAUGGUGGAAGUGAUUCUCACGGAUGAAGAUUGAUAAAUGGUGGAAGUGAUACUCCGGACCAAUAUUCACACAUGGUGGAAAUGAUAAUCUGGUAAUAAAUAAGUCAUUUGUCUCCCACCAGUUCCCAGGGGGAGGGACUAUAGGUUUCCACUCCUCUCGUCCGAAAAGUUUGUCCGGGGUAUAUCUUUUAUACUAUUACACCUCGAGUAACCAGACUUUGUGAACUAGGAUAUCUUGGGAUGGCAGAGUGCAAGUAGAAGGUCACUGUGACAUAUGACUUGACCUUUGACCUUUGACCUUUACUUUUGAAAAUGUUUGUCCUGGGCUUAUCUUCUAUAAUUUUUGAACUGGAGUAACCAGAUUUGGUGUACAAGUGCAUCUUAGGAUGACGGAGUGCUGAGUGCAAUAAUUAGGUCAUUUUGACCAAUGACAUGAUAAUUGACCUUUACUUUUGAAAAAGUUUGUCCGGGGCAUGUCUUCUAUGCUAUUUCAUCAGCAGUAUCCAUAUUUGGUGUACAAGGACAUCUUGGGAUGACGGAGUGCACGGAGUAUAUAUCGGGAUAUACUUUCCUUAUAAUAGGUACAUCCUGACAUAAGUGUACUG